AUUGAACAUAUGGUGUCCCAUCAGUCCCAUGCUUCUAUAUCUUACUGUUGGACCUAAACAGAGGCUCUGGACCAAGAUAGUGAUUGCAUCAUAGAAGGAUAUGUCAUAGUUAGUGUUGAUAUAAGUAUGGAGUUGAAAGACAAAGAUGUUGUUAAACAUUAACUACAUCAGAUCACUUCUCAGUGGUAAAUGUGACCAUGUAGAAGAACAGACCUUAUCAUGAAGUAACAGUACAUAAAGCUGUGCUGAAGAACAAACAUAUUAGUCUUGUGUUUUUACCCUAGCAGUUCUUUUUUUAUUUAAACACAAAAUGGCAGCCUCUGGCCAAAGCAUAAAGGAGAAUGAGGAAGUGAAUCAAGGCUUGGACAGGUUUGGUUGGUCUAAGAAGCAGUUUGAGUUGAGCUACUUGGACAUAGACUUACGGGAAAUCCUUGACAACUCGUAUACCAAUGACCCAGAUAAAUACCUAGUGUUCAGUCUGGGAAGCUCUGGAGAGUCCUCCUCCUAUGGUUUGAACGCUGAUGCUAUUCCUGUCCCCUCAGACAGUGAUAUCAUGGUUUGUGAGUUAGAAAAAUUGGUUAUUUGUGAAAAGGAUGACCUCCCACGAGCCAACCGUGCCUUGGAAGUUUAUGAGUGGGACUGCCAAGGUAUGCACGAUGGAUAUGGCAUGCUGCGCAAACUGAAUUCCAAAAAUGGUUACACGUCUAGUGGAGCAGCAGCAGAUGCAUUUUACCGAGAAUAUAAAAUGCACAUGUCCUUUUUUGGUCCUGAAAGACAAGGCCCAGCUGUUUCUUUGAAUGUAUCAGGGAACAGGAAAGACACCAGCAUGGAUUACGUCCUUGCCUAUCCAUUUGCCAGCUGGCCCCAUUGUGUAAGAAAAUGGUUCAGACGUACAAGAAGAUUUGGUUGGCCAAAGACUGCAGACAUUGCCACCAUUUUGAAAGAUGGCUGCCAUGUUGUUCCUGUUGGUCAUAAGAACAGUAUUGUACCUCGUCAAAGAUAUCAGUGGCGUAUAUCCACUGUAGUUGCUGAGAGAACAUUAAUUCGAUCCUUUAAUGAUACCCAGCAUAGAACAUAUUUCAUUUUAAAAUAUAUCAAGUCAUUGAUUGCGGCUGAAAUAGAUGAAAGGUUUGAAAAUCAAAAUGUGCUGUGUUCGUACCACAUGAAAACUGUAACGUUUUGGAUGGUACACGAAACUCCCCCAGAACUUUGGCAAAGAGGGAGUCUGGUCAGAUGUGUCAAAGAAUGUCUGGCACGACUCCAGUCCUUUGUUGACGAGGGUUAUUUACCUGUAUACUUCGUGCCUGAGAACAAUUUGUUGGACACUGCUACAGAUGUUCAACUGAAAUUGCUUUCAUAUGCAAUAAAGAGUUAUAGAGUUAAUAUCUCAUUAGUUCUAAUGAUGAUAAGCAGCUUGAAGGAAAGAAAAGAUGGCACUGGGAAUCUACAGUUUCGCCUCUGUGGCAUUCAGUGCCUACCUUACUUAAAACCAGAUGAUAUUCAGAUGGAGGACCCUUUAACCAUGGCUGUGUCUUUUAAACGCAUUAAGAAGAUUUGUUUGAGCACCAAAAACAAAACUGUUGGAAGGCUUGUGUUCAGAUUGAUUCAAAUGUUCUGUUUUCAGUCUCUUGGUUGUAUGUACCAAGAGUUGGCAAUGCUACAGGGAAAAGACUCCUACUUUAGACAAGCUGAAACAUUUUUACUUUCAGCUGUCAAUUUGGACAAAGUUGGUAGCAGACUGAAAGUUGCAAAUUUAUAUUAUUCCAGAGGCAAGUCAGCCAAAGCUGUAGGAAAAUUUGAAGAAGCUGCCGUGUAUUUUGAAAAAGCCAAAAAAUACAUUCAGUUUGCUCUUGACCAUGAAAAUAUGAAAUUUCACAUUACAGCUUGCAUUUGUGACAAAACAGCUACACUUGAUAGUUACCCACAAGAACUGACGAAUCUUCUAGAAAAUGAAUCUGGGAUAACAGAUCAUGCAGAUUUACUCUGUUGGGCAAUGAAAACCAAUUCCUUUGGUUGGGAUUUAUAUUUCCCUGUGAAAUUUUCACAUUUGUCCUGUCUCCCAGAGGCAGUUCAGUAUGUUCUUUAUGCCGGCAAUCCUGGGGGAAGUCCUGCCCUAGAUUGCCUGACAGGAAGGCUGACACUGUUGCCACUUUACUCUCCCAUCUUUGGUCUGUUCCUUGGUGUUAUCUGCGCCCACGAAAGUGGCAAGGAGGCAGAAGUUGUAGCAUACUUGCAGAAACUAGAGGAUCUUUGUGAACGUAUUUAUCAUAAGGACUGUUAUAAGGGAAUUGGAUAUUCUUUGCUGGGGCAGUGUCACAUGAUGAUAGGCAACCAAUCGGAAGCCUGCUCAUGUUUUGUGAGGUCGUACCAGGCCUGGCCGAGCUUGGAAAACUCUGCAUUAUGGCUGCUGGGGAUAAUGUGUAUCAAAGAUAUUCCUUAGACAGUGCUUUUAGCAACUACAACUGUUUAAAUUGUAGUCAUUUUUUUCUGAACUAGGGAUCUAACAUUUUAAGUUGAUACUCUUUUGACAGGAUUCAGCUGUACUGAGCCAGGAACUUAUGAUUACAGAUUACUUGGAGCUGUAGACUGAACAACGAGUAUUCCUUAUUUAUCACAAACAUUAUAGAUUGAUUUCACAAGAUAAAAAUUCCUACAAAAUACAAAUUAGGGGAAUAAUUCAAUCUCAGAAACUGUCAUUACUUAAGAUCUGAAAGAAGGGCAAUUAAACAUAUGAAGGUUUAAAAAGGGGCUUACAAAGGCUACAAAUUUUUAAAACCAGAAGAGUACACUGACAACACCAUCCCCCGCCUUACCUUCUAUCGGCCAUCUUGGUUUGAUGCAGUGGCGUCUGAGUACUGGGCAUGC